AUGGCCUACCACGCGGGUUCGGGCUCACACUCGCCCAACUACGAUGAUCCUCAUCCUUUGCAGGAUGUGCCAGCUUCCCAGUAUCGCGAAGACGAGGAUGCAGCGCGUGGAUUACUGUCUCAACAGCAGGGCCCCUUUGCGACACCCUUUGAUGACCCCCACUCACGCGGUGUCUCUCCCCAGCGUCCGGCUUCUGGAUAUAGCUUGACAGAGACGUAUGCGACAGACACCGCACCUUCUUAUCACGACCCAUACAGCACUGGCACCGUCUACUCUGGCCCCGACGAAAACCCCGCAGCAGCAUUCGGAGUUCCCGGACGUGUCGCCUCGCCUUAUGCUCGCAGCGAGACCUCAUCUACCGAGGCUUGGCGCCAGCGACAGGCCCCCGGAGGUGCCACUGGUAGUACGACCGGUGGUGGUCUACGCCGAUAUGCUACCAGGAAAGUUAAGCUCGUCCAGGGCUCUGUCCUGAGUGUCGACUACCCGGUACCCAGCGCCAUUCAGAAUGCCAUCCAGGCCAAAUACCGCAACGAUGUGGAAGGUGGAAGCGAAGAGUUUACCCACAUGCGAUACACCGCAGCCACUUGUGACCCCAACGAGUUUACGCUACACAAUGGUUACAAUCUGCGCCCGGCCAUGUAUAACCGUCACACCGAGCUGCUUAUUGCCAUCACUUACUACAACGAGGACAAGACUCUCACCGCGCGUACCUUGCACGGUGUGAUGCAGAAUAUUCGCGAUAUCGUCAACCUGAAGAAAUCUGAGUUUUGGAACAAGGGCGGACCGGCGUGGCAGAAGAUCGUUGUGGCGCUCGUCUUUGACGGUAUCGAUCCUUGCGACAAGGACACCUUGGAUGUCCUGGCCACUGUGGGUGUAUACCAGGACGGUGUCAUGAAACGUGAUGUGGAUGGAAAGGAGACUGUAGCGCACAUUUUCGAAUAUACAACCCAGCUGUCGGUCACGCCAAGUCAGCAGCUCAUCCGGCCCACCGACGAUGGCCCUAGCACGCUACCCCCUGUCCAAAUGAUGUUUUGUUUGAAACAGAAGAACAGCAAAAAGAUUAACUCGCAUCGCUGGCUCUUCAACGCUUUCGGCCGUAUCUUGAACCCCGAGGUUUGUAUCCUUCUGGAUGCUGGUACAAAGCCCGGACCUAAGUCGUUGUUGUACCUCUGGGAGGCUUUCUACAACGAUAAAGAUCUUGGUGGUGCUUGUGGUGAGAUCCACGCCAUGUUAGGUAAGGGGUGGCGGAAUUUGAUCAACCCUCUCGUGGCUGCCCAGAAUUUCGAGUAUAAGAUCAGUAAUAUCUUGGAUAAGCCCCUCGAGAGCUCAUUCGGUUAUGUGAGUGUCUUGCCUGGUGCAUUCUCGGCCUACCGAUUCCGUGCGAUCAUGGGUCGCCCUCUGGAACAAUAUUUCCACGGUGAUCACACGCUUUCUAAGCAGCUCGGAAAGAAGGGUAUCGAGGGUAUGAACAUCUUCAAGAAGAACAUGUUCUUGGCCGAGGAUCGUAUUCUCUGCUUCGAAUUGGUUGCCAAAGCAGGGUCGAAGUGGCACUUAUCUUACGUCAAAGCCUCUAAGGGUGAAACUGAUGUUCCCGAAGGUGCCGCCGAGUUCAUCUCGCAGCGUCGCCGUUGGCUCAACGGUUCUUUCGCAGCCGGAAUUUACUCGCUCAUGCACUUUGGCCGUAUGUACAAAAGUGGCCACAACAUCGUUCGCAUGUUUUUCCUCCACAUUCAGAUGUUGUAUAACAUCUUCAACACCAUCCUCACGUGGUUCUCGUUGGCUUCAUACUGGCUGACAACCACUGUCAUCAUUGACCUUGUCGGUACUCCAAGCCCGUCCAACAACAACACCGCAUUCCCCUUCGGCGAGACGGCCACCCCUAUCAUCAACACAAUUGUGAAGUAUGGAUACCUGGCUUUCCUAUUACUCCAGUUCAUCCUUGCCCUUGGCAACAGACCCAAAGGUUCCAAAUUUUCAUACCUCGCUUCGUUCGUGGUCUUUGGUCUCAUCCAGGUUUAUAUUGUCGUAGAUUCGAUCUACUUGGUUGUUCGCGCAUUCACCGGCGGCGCGCCCAUGGACUUUGUCACCGACAAGGGUCUGAAAGCCUUCCUCGACUCCUUCUUCGGAUCGACGGGUGCUGGUAUUAUCAUCAUUGCCCUGGCUGCCACCUUCGGUCUCUACUUCGUUGCGUCUUUCAUGUACGCCGACCCGUGGCACAUGUUCACCUCCUUCCCUGCCUACAUGGUUGUUCAGUCCUCUUAUAUCAACAUCCUGAACGUCUAUGCCUUCAGCAACUGGCACGAUGUCUCAUGGGGUACUAAGGGGUCCGACAAGGCCGAUGCCUUGCCGUCAGCGACGACUACGAAAGAGGCGGGUGGUAAAGACGCGGUAAUCGAAGAACCCGACAAGCCCCAAGCGGAUAUCGACAGUCAGUUCGAGGCGACAGUGAAGCGUGCGCUCACUCCCUUCGUUGCUCCUGUCGAGCACGACGAAAAGACUUUGGAGGACUCUUACAAGAGUUUCCGUACUCGCCUUGUCACCUUUUGGAUCUUCAGUAAUGGUCUCCUGGCAGUCUGCAUCACGAGCGAGUCUGUCGACAAGUUCGGCUUCACAUCGUACAGCCCGUUUCUUCCAGGCGCUUUUGUGGUCCAACGCUGUCGUCGCAUUAUUCCGUUUCAUUGGAUGCUGUUGGUUCCUGGGUCGCACUGGUAUCAAGUGCUGUUUCGCACGCCGAAGCAAAAGCAGCAGGAGGCUGAGAAUGCUGAAGGCGCUGCAGGCAAGAAGAAGAAGAAGGUUACCGCGGCGCAGUUACGCGUGCAACGAGACCUCCAAGAGCUCACUCUUGGUAGUACAAUGAAAAUGGCCUUCCCUAACCCCGACGACAUUCUCAACUUCACCUUGACCAUCGAACCGGAUGAAGGCAUGUACAAGGGUGGCGUCUUCAACUUCAAUUUCGCCGUCAAUCAGAAUUUCCCCCAUGAUCCGCCGAAGGUCAAAUGCACACAAAAAAUCUACCACCCCAACAUUGACCUGGAGGGAAAUGUUUGUUUGAAUAUUUUGCGAGAGGACUGGAAGCCUGUCUUGAAUUUGAAUGCCGUUAUUGUUGGCAUGCAGUUCCUUUUCCUUGAGCCAAAUGCCUCCGAUCCCCUUAAUAAGGACGCCGCAGAUGAUCUCCGCACCAACCGUGAUGCUUUCAAAAGAAACGUGCGCAGCUCCAUGGCCGGCGGGUCCGUCCGAGGCGUGUCAUUUGAGCGCGUGCUACGGUAA